UGCGGCCUGGGCGGGGCGGCCCGGUCGCUGCUCUCUCGGCCCGAGCGCGCCGAAGGAGAAGGAAGCGGAAGCGCUGCUGCGCGCGCGCGCGCCGCGCCGCCGCCGCCGGAAGUGAAGCCGCCUCGCGCGAGGCGCCAAUGGGAGAGGCUAUGGGGAGGGGGCGGGGACAAAUCUCCUCGGCGUUCCCAGGCACCUCAGCCUCGCAACUGACCUCAGCGCCCUCAGUCUCACUGUCUCCUAAGCCUCUCUGCUCUCCUCAAUCCUUAGACUCCCCAGUCUCCAAAGUCUCCCCAGCCUCCCUAUCUCCCAAGCCUCUCCGCUCUCCUCAGAAUCCCCAGUCUCCAAAAUCUCCUCAGCCUCUCAUUUCCUCAGCCUCCCCACUGUCCUUAUUCUCCCCAGUCUCCUCAAUCUCCCUAGCUUCCUCAGCCUCUCCACUCCCCAGUCUCCUUGUCCUCCUGUUUCCCCUGUCUCCCCAGGCUCCUCAGCCUUCCAUUUCUGCAGCCUUCUCAACAUCCCCGACUUUCUCAGCCUCCCCAGUUUCUCCUGCCUCCCUGGUCUUCUCAGCAUCCCCAGUCUCCUCAGCCCAUCUAGCUUCCUCAGCCUCUCCACUUCCCAGUCUCCCGAGUCUCCUCAGCCUCCCCAGCUUCUCCUGUCUUCCUAGUCUCCUCAGCCUCCCCAGUCUCCUCAGGCUCCCUAGUUUCCUCAGCCUUCCCAGUCUCUCCAGCUUCCCCAGCCUCCCCAAUCUUCCCAGCCUCCCCAGCCUUCCCCGUCUCUACAAUUUCCCCAAUCUUCCCAGUUUCCCCCAUCCCCGCGCAGGGCUGCUCUCGGCCCCGCUCCCUGACGGCCGCCACCGGGCGGGCUGCGCGGCGAUGGCGGGGCUGUGCGCGCAGCACGGGCAGCGGGGCCUGGUGCCGGUGUGGCCGCCGCUCUGCCUGCCCUGCACCCUGCACACCCUGGGCGACAGCGGCGCCUCGCUGGUGCGCAAGAGGCAUGUGCUCACCCAUCUCCGCGACACCCUGGCCUCACAGGCGAUGCACGUGGUCCAGGGGCUGGCAUCGGAUGAGAGGGGUUGCUGGCAUUUGAUAGGAACCCUCCUUGGGCUGUUGCAUACAGUGGAAGACGGCAGUGCCCUGGACCUGGUUGUUGAAGUUCUGGUGCGGCUUGUAGUGGAGCUGAAGUCAGAAGAGUACUUACGCUGCAUUUUGGAUGAAAGCCAGAAAGAGCUCUGCAAAAUGACUACCAUGAGAGGCAGUCUGCCCACAUUCACUCUCUUGGGCAAGCUGGCAGAUGCCAUCCCAGGCUUUCCUGAUGUCCUGGUGGCAGAGCACAGUAAUUUAGUGGAUCAUCUGCUGAUGGGCUUGAUGUACCCAAAUGAAGGAAUAAAGGCUGCUGUCUGCUACUUGUAUGGCAAGCUGUACUCCUCUUCUGUUGGCACAGAAAGGCUCUCAGCACACUUUGAAGAAAGGCUGUGUGGUCCCUUCUUGAAUACUUUGGGACGUGCACAAGCAAAGGAGCUGCAGAUUAAUUGUUUGGGUCUGCUGAAGGAGCUGCUGAAAUCUGACCAUUUUGUAUCCAUUCUUAUGAAUAAUUCAAAUACAGAGGAGGAGUCCAAAACCCCAGACUUUUUAGAAGGGGAAAAUCCACUGCCACUUGUUCUCAAAAAGCUUUUGUUGACCAGAGAUGAGAUGUUGCAGGCAGCAAGUUCUGACUGCAUGGCUGCAGUGCUGGCUCACUCUCCAAGCAGAUACUCUCCUGCUUUUAUCCAUGCGGAUGUCCCAGAAUUCCUGUUUGAGUGUCUCUCAUCCAACAGUGAAAUUCUCAUCUGGUCAGUGUACUGCUGCCUGCUCCUCCUCACCGAGGAGCGGCUUUUCUUCUCUAAGUGUCACACAGUCUAUGGCAUUGAAUCUCUGAUGAGGAGUCUCCGAGAUGUCCUGAGGCUGCACAAUGUGGAGUUGCAGAAAAAAGGGCUCCUGCUCUUCGCGGAAAUACUGAAACGGCAACCAGUAGAAAUCAAACUAUUCACAAACCGAGGUGUAUGUAUGGAAGCCAUUGGUGUUUUGAUGGAGACAGUGAAUAACUGCCCAGUGCUGGAGGUGGUAAUGGAAGCUGUGAGAGCUGUGGCAGCUUUCCUGAGGAAGGACCAUCUGAGCUCCCCUCCAGUCCCAUAUGAGGAGCUGCAGAAGCUGCUGGAGGCAAUGCUGAAGCGAUGUUCUGACCUUUGUCCACCACUGAGUAGAAAGAGGCGUGCACAGGAUGAUCUAUUCUCAGUGUCUCAGAGUCACUCAGCAAACAGAAAUCUUAGCAGAGUUCCUCAGCGACAAGGCCAGCUCUUGCUCAACACCCUAGAAAGCUUCAAUAGUGCUUGCAGGUUAGCAGUGGAAUUCCAGAGUGACCCCAUGGCCCAGGAGAAUGCUUUCACUGCCCCCAACUCCGAGAGCAAGGACACGCUGUGCAACUUCUCUGAGUUCCUCUUGAGGAUUUGUGACAGUCUCUGCAUCCCCAUGGUUGGGAACUACUUGGAAAGAGCUGUCAGCCCAUCGGUGAUGGAGGUUUUCGUCUCAACACUUAAUACCCUUUUUACAGCGGUACCACACAUGCGGAAUAAGUUCUCCAAAAAGCUGGCAUCCUGUUCCUUCAUCCGACUGACACUGGAGCUGAAGGACAGAUUUUGCUCUAUACAAAGUAAUCCUGCCUUGAAUCAGGCCUGUUCCAACUUCCUCUGCAGCUUAUGCCUCAGCCUUUACUCUGCCUCACAGAAGGAGAGGACUUCUUCUCAGGAGGAGCGAGAGAUGUCUGAGCUCCUGCAGAAGGGUCUGCCUCAAUUGAACUACAGCAUUGCUGAAAGCCUUCUCCUCCUGGCUGAAACCCCUGAGCCUUUCUCUUUGGAUCAGCCUCUUUUCAGCCACCAACACUGCUUCAUACUACUCUUAUACUUCGCCUACACCCUUGAGGACAGGUUUGUCCCAGAAGAAGAAUUAUUUUUAGCCAUUAGAAAUUUCCUCCUGUCAGCACAGGACCUUGGAGACUGUCCUCCAUACGUACUUAGAGCUGCACUUUACCUCCUUGCUGUCUGUCAGGACAAAGGCGAAGCCCUGGACUCGAGGUCGUUGUGUACCAUAAGGAGGAUCCUGGAUAGUCUUCCAGAUCUGAGCUUGGUCUAUGUCCAUUGUCCUCUCCUGCUGAAAUUCUUCUUAUGCUAUCCUGAACUUAUGGGAAGAUUUGGACACCAAGUCCUCCAACUGUGGUUUUCCUGGGAAGACUACAAGCAAACUGAGGCUGAAGAAGCUGGUGCGUCUGAUCAGCUGAACAGCUCUAACCCGUUACUUCCCAUUCUGAAGAGCAAUUCCAGCAUUUUAUUUAUUUUACUGGACCUGGUCUGCUCAAGCACUGUGGAAGUGGCUCAGAAGGUGUUGAUGACUCUAAGGACCUUCCUGGAAAGAAAUGAGGAUAUCCUUGUCUGUGACCUUCUCCGGAGUCAGUUCCUACAGAUUCUGCAGCAGCUGCUGGUAGAGAGCAGCUCAGCCUCCUUGCAAGCUAACAGGAACCUGCCUGUUUUGCUGAGCCUCCUUUUCCUGGUGCAGCUGCGAAGCAAAGGUGUAAGAGAGCUGGACAGCACAGACUUCAAGCUGCUUCACCAGGUCAGUAAUCUCUGUGGGAAAUGCAGGCCAAUGGACACUGACCUCCUGCAGCCAUGCUUGAAUUUUCUGUACUGCAGCCUUCAUCAGACAACACCGUGUAGUCAACAGAGAGCAGCGGCUGUGCUGCUCUCCAACGUGUCCUUCCUAGAGCUCCUGCAGAAGGUUUUGGAGUGCACCUGGUUAUGGUCCCCUCCCUCUGAGCCUCUUUACCUGUCACCUGAGGAUGCACUGCUGUGCUCUGGAUGGCUAUUGGUUGCGUCCCUCUUGCUUUAUCAGCAUCGCUACAAUACUGAGGUUCACCAGACACUCUCUCUAGACCUAACGGAAGUCCUGAAUGCAGUCAUCUUCAGGAAGAAGAAGCCAAUCCUGCUGUUAGUUAGCAUCAUGCAGUUCCUGAGAGCUCUCCUGCGACAGAACUUCUCCUCCUCUCUACUGGUGAUCGUUAGCAAAAACACAGCUCAAAGUGCUAUGCAACCACAGCCAUCACCACAGGAUGCUGCUUUGCAGCCCCUUGCCACACAGAAGGCCUUCUUGCUUGUUGUCAGUCUGCAGAACCUUUUGGUGCAAGUCCAUUUGCAGAAAGAAUUGCUGCUCUCUCAGGCUGUGGUUGCCUGCAUGGAAACCUUAGUGGAAUACCUGUAUGUGAAGAACAAGAAUGUUGCCCUACAUGUUGUUUCACAGCCCUGGCACCGAUUCCUGCUCUUCACAAUACUCGAUGGGGACCAGAAGGCCUUUCUGAAGCCAGAAGUUCUCAGGCUGAUGACUUUGUUUCUGAGAUAUCAGAGCAGCAACAUUAUUUCUCAAAAAGAAAUUAGCCAGAUUCUCCAGGAAGUAGCAGAAACCAACUUAGCAGACCUGCCUGAGGCCACCUCUCAUGCUCUUCACGUCUUCCUUUGUCAGGUUCAGAGCAGUCAUUGCCAGGUGGAGCCAGUGCAGUCAGGGACCAUUCAGACUUGGCUGGAGCAUCUCCUGCAACAGAGGAGCACUUGUGUGAAACGUCAGGACAUUGUAUGUCUGGGAAGUGUGGCAGUGUCCCUCUCACACAUUGGGGACUGAAUUGAGAAGAUAAAGUGCAUGCAACAAGGCAAGAAUGGAACAGGAGGCUUCAUCCUGCCUUUUAUUCCCAGUGAGUAGUAGAGAGAAGAUAGAUGAAAGAAGUAGUUUGUAGUUCAUUUUCAGAAAAAAGGUUUGUUGGUUUGUUGUAAGUU